GCGGUACAAAACAAAACUGUUCAACGUAGAUGUUCAGGAAAACUGGUAAUCUAUCGUUUUAGGUACGUAAAAUCGCCCGCGACUAGAAGUCUAUGAUAAGUAAUGUGAAAAACAGGGCUUAAAAGCUUUUGACUAAUAAAUAUUACAUAGGCUAUUUUAAAGGCCUAAUCUAAGGGUUGUGGUAAUACUUUGACAUUUACUGUGUGAUUAACUGAAAGCUUAUUGAGACUGACUCAUCUCUGUUAUUUUUAAUCUUUUGCGGGUGCUUUAUGAAAAAAACAAUUUAGUAAAAAAGUAAUUAGAAAUGAGUAAAUCAGCUUCAGAUCAUGUCUCAAGUCCCACAAAAAGGACUUAUUAUAAAACAAAAAUUAGCAAAAGCCAAGACAAAAUAAACAUAGCUGGUGAAGGAGAUGUUUUAUCAAGCUCAGACACAAGUAAUCUGACUGAUGAAACAGAAUCUACACAUUCGGACAAGACACAGGAAAAUAAAUCUUCAUCCCCACAAAAUAGCGAUGAAAACAUGGAACCUCCCAGUUUUGAAAACCUCAAAGGAUCCUUCUGGUUAACACGAAUAGUCCUAAUUCGAUAUAUGGGAUUUAUAUAUUUUGUGGCCUAUUAUGUCAGCCUUAACCAGAAUCGACCAUUGUUGGGUAAAAAUGGUUUGCUGCCUGCAAAUGUUUUCUUGAACAAUGUUCGAAACCAUCAUGGCUCCUCUUCACCAUGGACCCUAUUCACCAAUGUACCUACUCUACUGUGGUUUGUAGACUUUGAAGAAAAUAUUGACUACUGGUUGGAUUGCCUUGCUUGGACUGGAUUAGCUCUGGCUUCCUUAAUGAUGAUAACAGGAGCAGGAAACUGGCCUUUAUUACUAAUACAGUGGAUACUCUAUCACUCCAUUGCUAAUGUGGGUCAGACAUGGUUUUCUUUUGGAUGGGAAAGUCAAGUUCUUGAAACAGGUUUUCUAACAACAUUUUUGUGCCCAAUGCUGUCAUUAUCAUCUCUUCCAAAAAAAACACCUACUUCAAAAAUCAUUAUUUUUGCAUAUAGAUGGCUGAUAUUUCGCAUAAUGCUUGGUGCUGGUCUAAUAAAAAUACGAGGUGACAAAUGUUGGCAUGACCUGACAUGCAUGAAUUAUCAUUAUGAGACCCAGCCAGUUCCCAACCCUUUGAGUUACUUCAUGCACCAGUCACCUGAGCCAUUUCACAAGUUUGAAGUCUUGUCCAAUCAUUUUGUUGAGCUUGUAGCCCCAUUUUUUCUUCUGUUGACACGUAAACUGUGCAUGUUUGGGGGAGCCGUUCAAAUUUUAUUUCAGGUUGUUUUGAUCAUCAGUGGCAACCUGAGUUUCUUAAACUGGUUGACCAUUCUACCUAGUCUGGCCUGCUUUGAUGAUGCCAGCUACUCUUGUUUCUUCAGUACAGAAGUCAGAUUGAGAGUGGCUAAACUUAAUGCUGAGAAAAAAUUAGACAAAUGGAGAAUAACACUUCUGAUAAGAAAGGUUUUCAACAUCAGCUUUGGGGUUCUGAUAGUUUACCUAAGCAUACCAGUGGUACAAAACUUGCUGUCUCCAAGACAAGCCAUGAACACAUCAUUUGAUCCUCUUCGUUUGGUUAACACAUAUGGUGCUUUUGGCAGCAUCACCAAGAAGAGGACUGAGGUGAUAUUUGAAGGAACAAAUAGUUCUUCUCCCAGUUCUCCAAAUGCUGUGUGGGAAGAGUAUCAGUUCAAGUGCAAACCUGGAGAUGUUUUCCGCAGGCCAUGCAUUAUAUCCCCAUUCCACUACCGCCUAGAUUGGCUCAUGUGGUUUGCAGCUUUUCAAAAUUACAACCACAAUCCCUGGUUGAUACACUUGGCAGCUAAGUUCUUGUUGAAUGAUGAACAAACGGAAUCUCUGAUUGCUUUUAACCCUUUCUCUGGAAGAUCUCCACCAAAAUAUGUACGUGCUGAGCAUUACCGUUAUGUGUUCUCUAAAAUUGGUUCACCUGAAGCCAAGCUGGGCCAGUGGUGGAAGAGAAAAAAGAAAGGUGUCUACCUUCACCCUGUCUCUCUGGAAAUGUUGGCUCCUACCAUUAAGCACAUGGGUUGGCCUGUACCAAAGCUUACCAGAGGGAAUGUUGAGCAAGAAUUGUGAAUUAUUUGUUUAGAUUAAAUUGUGUUUAUAUUCAUGUGCAUACUCCUUGGUUAUAUUACAUUUGUAAGCAACUUUGUGAAUCUUUUUUCAGUGAAUUUUCUGACAAAGUUGUUUGUGACCAGCACUUAAGUCUCACUGUGUUAGUGAUCACAGCAGUUAAGGUUCCUUAUCCUGUGUUUUAAAUAGGAUGUCUUACUUAGAGAUUUUUACCUUUAUGGGUUCCCAAUAAAAAAACUAUAUUUCACAGCAACUGUUCAAAGGCCAAGAUAUUUAUAUUUUUCUUGUUAAUUAAAUGUCAUUGGUAUGGGAUCUAUAUCUUUUUUUAUAAUAGCUAAUAAAAAAAAUUUCAUUUGGGUACUAUCCAGUCUCUAGCAGUAUAGAAAGUAAUUACAAUGGUAUUUUAACACUGUUUAGACUAAUUGCAAUAUGUCUAUACUAUACAUGUCUAGAAAAAAAAAUAGCAAAAAGUUAAUG